GACUUUUUCCUGGUUUUUUUUGACUUUAUAGACUCGACUCAUCACGCUAGGACAGCAUUGCAUCUCAUACCCUCCAAGAUCUUGCUUGUGCCUCAUACAUACCGACUGUUUCGAUACCCCCAUAUAUCAUUUCAAGUUGCAGAAAGACCACCAUGGUUCUGUCGACCUGGCUUCUAUCCGCAUGCACCAUCGCCUCUCUGGCGAGUGGUGCUUUAGGAGAUAUCUACAUGCACAAUCCACGAGGCUCCAACAAUAAGUUGAAUGAGCAGAGUAAUAAUCGCAACAAUGCCAACCGCCUGUUUGACUCACAGAACAAUGGUAACGGCGGAUACCAAGCAGGAGACGACUGCACAACCCCAUGUCAGGAUAACAACCAAAACUAUGAUGCGAACGCCGCAGGAGCCCUACAAGGCGUGAUGCAAUUUUAUGAGGGGAGUGAGCUCCAAGUUGAAUGGACAAAUCAGCAUGGAUGUGGUGCGAACCCUCGGUUGCACUGCAACCUCGUCUUGCAGUACAUGUGCGAAGACUCUGCCCCGGGCCUUCGUGACGGGCUCACGACAAACACCAUCGUCGAGAACCCAAAUGACCCUCAAUUCAUGCGAUACGGCCAGCACGAGACAUACUCGUAUUACCAGAACUGCAAAACCCGCAAGCGCAACAAGAAGCUCUUCAUUGCUGAUCGUAACCUGAAUGGCGAUACGGCCAUUUAUACCAGACAGAAUAAUAAUGGGCAGCGGUUUGGGUUCGAGUGUCCUGAGGAGAGAGACUACUAUCCGUAUUGGCACCCUUCCCCUUGGAGGGAUGUUUAUGUUUGCACUGAUGAGCCAACCCGCUGCGGCUACUACCGUCAGGAAAGCCAAAACGCUAUUGACAAAGGAAACUGCACGGAUCCACAGUAUAACAACAAAGUCGAAUGCGAAACAAACGGGAACGUCUGGCAAUAUGUCGGAAAAUGGGACACGGACCCACCCGAAUGCGGAGUGUGUCCAACAACACGCAACAAUCAUCUAGGACAGUCUGCCAACAAUGAAUCUCCAAAGUAUACUUGGACGAUUCCACAGGACAGACACCCGGACGGAACAAAAUGCGUUCUGCGGCUGCGAUACAAUAUUUCAACGUAUGAUUACGAUGGGUGGGCAACGGAUUCGCUUUUCAAUGGUGCAAACUCAAAGGUUAAAGGGAACCCAACCUCGGACUUUGUCGGUCUGGGAUUCAACGUCUCAGGUCCGCUCACCCUUAAUGUCAACACUGCCCAGUUUGGAAGAACAUUUGAAGACCGGUCUCAUGUGUUUAUUAUUCGAAAGAUUCCAAAUGGACUCAAGAGCAGUUUUGUCCGGGCACCUCGCAUCAUUAACCUUAAUGUCCGAGGACGUCGUGGGAACAUUGUGGAAGUGUAUCCCAGUGUCGAGUAUGACUUUGUGCCCAACACGAUUAAUGCCAACAAGGGUGACUAUCUUCACAUUCAGUGGACUGGGUCAGAUGCCAAUCAGAGAGGCAACUCUGGUAACGGCCGCGAUGGUACCGACCGCAACAAUCUCGUCGUCAUGGGUUCCCAAGGCGUCAACUACCCAAUGAACUUUAAACCUGACGGAGUGGACCCACCUACCCACUUUACCAACGAUCAAAGCAAGAUUGCUUACCUCGCCUUUUUGAAUCAGACCAAUUGUAUUCAGACCAAUGAUGCAAAUAGCGUUCAAAACUGUGCGAGAAUUAAUGCUGCGAGCGGGUAUAUCAAUGCUGGGCUGGUGAGGAUUGACAACACGGGUGUCUUUAAUCUCGUCAGUACGAGAAACAGCGCUUUUUCGAACCGUGAACAGAAAGCAGUGUUGGUGGCUUCACAAGACUACAAGACGAUUGGUGCCGCUGUCGGUAUUUCCGUGGCUGCUACCGCUGCUGCCGGUGCCGUCGGGUUUGCAAGCCUUUUCCUCGUCCGAUACGGGCACGCCAACCCUCGCUCCAAGGUAGGCGGUAUCGUCACCAAGCUUGGGAUCAAACCUCCGCAGAAGCGACCCGCCGUUGCCCUUGAAACAGAUGAGGUCAAACGAUCUUGGUUGACAGCCAAGAUUGUUGAGUGGUGGUUGUGGGAGGGCCAAAGGGCCACCAUUGUCUUCAUCUACGUUCUCGUCAACAUUGGGGUUUGGAUCUAUGGAUAUGCAAUGGCGUUGGGCAACGACCCGGCACCUUACUACCCCUACGCAAAAGGAUUCGGGAAGACCCUCAACCUGAACUGUUCGUUCAUUAUCCUACCCGUUCUCCGCAACAUUUUGUGCUGGUUGCGAAGCACCCCGUUGGCGGAUAUCAUACCCCUCGACGACAAUAUCAACAUGCACAAGCUUGUCUUUGGGUUCAUUUCUGUUGCAGCUAUUCUGCACGCUACGUUCCAUUAUCUGGACUUUGCGUGGAAUGCAAACAAGUUUGGUGUUGAUAUUGGUCAUCAGGCGUGGGGAAAUCUUGCUGGAGCCACUGGACAUUUAAUUGCUCUCAUGAUGAUCUUGAUGGCUGCAACGUCGCUUUUCAAGCGCAAGUUGAUUACAUUCAUGGGAAGAAGAUUCGAUGGUUAUCGCACAUUCCUCAUGGUUCACAAACUCUGGAUGCCGUGCUUUGCCCUUCUCUGGCUGCACGGUCCCAUUUUCUGGGCAUUCUCAAUCUGGCCACUCGCCCUCAUGGGUCUUGAGAAGCUAGUUCAAACAACCCGUGCCAAAGUGGAUGUUGUCAUUGUAGACGCAAAGAUUGUCGGAUCCGACAUUUUGAGUCUCAAAAUGAAACUUCAAGGAAAGAGAAAGUUUAUUUACAAGGCUGGAGAGUACUUGUUCUUGAACUGCCCGGAUAUUGCGGAACUUGAAUGGCAUCCUUUUACGAUCACGAGUGCACCCGAAGAGCCUUUCUUUAGCUGUCACAUCCGUGCUCGUCCAGAAAUGGACUGGUGCUACCAGCUCCGAGUUCUUCUAGGUCUUGGUAAAACCGGCGUGCAAAAUGUUCAACCCUCCAUCAGAAAGACGAGCAACAUUGAAGCCGGCGAUAUUGAACUUCCUUCCGCAGUAGCGGGUUUCAAUGAGCCCAAAGCAGUAGGAAGACCAAGACUGAGGGUUGACGGACCAUACGGUGCUGCAUCUGAAGAAGUAUUUGACCAUUCGACCGUCAUUCUCGUUGGUGCUGGUAUCGGUGUCACUCCAUUCAUCUCUAUUCUCAAAUCCAUGAGCAUCCGCGCCAAGCAGCGACAAGGACUCGAGGGAGAAACGGAUCACACAAAACUCAAGGUAUACUUUUACUGGAUCUGCCGUGAUGACCAAGAACUCCUCUCGUUCAAGGAUCUCCUUGACGCUGUUAUUGAUACUGCGGAUUUGAGGGACGUUGUCUCUGUCAACACGUACACGACUGGGGAAUUGAAUCUUAAAAAAGUCAAGAUUGAAAGUUAUAACCAAUACUCUGGAAAACCCAACUGGACUCGUAUCCUCCGAGAAGUCGCUCAAGGACACCAAGGCGAAGAAAUUGGAGUUUUCAUGUGUGGUCCUCUCCCACUUGCUCGUGAACUCUCAUUUGCUUGCAAGAGGCAGAACCAGUCUCUCGCCAAAGCGAAACUGGGUGACAGUGAUCAGAAAACAUUGUUCAGAUUCCACAAGGAGAACUUUUAGGGAGAUAUAAAAGGUGUUGGGUGCGUGGUGAGAUAUUAAUAGGCACCUAGUUUGAGUACUGUGAAAUAAUAGGCCUGCAAUAUUACCAACUUAAUCUAAAACUUGCCAAGCGUUUGGCCCAGCCACUGCA